AUGGCGUGUACGACUACAGUGGGUGCCAGGCCACGAAGGGGUCCCAGGCAACAAGAAAGCAGACCAGCUGGCAAAGCUGGCUGCAGUCGAGGCGACACAGCGUACACAGGAGAACGCCCGCAUAGCCAGGAUCAGCGCACCCAAUCAGACUACACCACACGCCGCACGAAUGUCGUAUAUUCCAAAUCAGUCAACUAUCCUUAUGGCAGUGUGUCGCCAGAGGCUACAUGCAGGCUUUACAAAGAGGUGGAAGGAACAGUGGGAGCAUGCCAACUAUGGAUGGCAUCUCUAUUGGAUAAUCAAAGCACCAACAAAGAUGGUAUUGCAGCUGCACGAGGGAUUAUGACGGGCUUGGAGUUUAACCUCUGCAAGUCCCAUGGGACUGGCCCAAUGGGACUGUCCAUGGGCGUCCAUGGGCGCCCCAUGGGACUGAAGCCUGUGUCCAUGGGCGGGCGGUACCCUGCUGUCCAUGGGCAGGAUUUCCAUGGGACUGUCCAUGGGACUGCAAACAGUGCAAACAUAGACGAAUCCGCUGUUUACAUAAUUUAUGCCAAACUAGUCCGUAUUUUUAAGUAA